GACCGAAGCGCCGAGACCCAGGGGAUUCAUUCCACCAACGGCAGUGACCGGUUCUCGUCACAGACAGAGUGCCCGCCGCCGCCUUCAAUCUCGGAACUCUCCAGUAAGUGAGUAAACUACUCCGUAAAGAUGAUGACAGUCGACACGAAGACAGGAAUUCGUGUAUAAUGCCUGCAACCUGCAUCCGUGACUUCCUGUGUGUCGAUGUCUUUUUCAAUGCACAUGCGUGCUAUACAGCCUUGUGAUCAUAAACACCAUGAGCUCAAUACAGCAGAACAGCGCUACUCCUCGCUUACUCGAGGCGAAACAAGAUGAAACAAACCAAGUUCGUCGUGAUUCUCCGCCGAUAGCAGAGCGCCAAAGUGACGAUAUCGAAACUCAACGACAGUUCGAAAAAGAUGACCCAGACGCUCUAGGCUGGGACGGACCAGAGGACCCUGACAACCCUAUGAACUGGCCGCCGCGGAAGAGGACAGUGCAUAUUAUUCUCAUUGCGUUAGUUCAGUUGGUUUCCAACCUUGCAUCGACUAUGUUUGCCCCAGCCGGCAAGCUUCUAAUGCACAACUUUGACUUCUCUAGCCGAACCCUAUCAUCCCUCUCCGUCUCCAUCUACGUCCUCGGUUUCGCUAUCGGUCCGCUCAUAUGGGCUCCUCUGUCGGAGGUCUACGGUCGCUUUCCCAUUUACAUAAUAUCAACCAUCAUCUUUGUCGGGUUUGUCCUUGGGUGUGCCUUCUCAACAAGCCUUGCCAUGUUCAUGGUCUUUCGAUUGCUUUCCGGCUGUGGCGGUGCUGCAUCUCUCGCUUUGAGCGGCGGAACCCUCGCAGACCUGGUUCCUAGGCAACAAAGGGGCAAGUGGAUGGCUCUCAUUGGCAUUGGACCUAUUAUGGGCCCAACCAUUGGCCCGGUGGUCGGUGGCUUUGUGGGCCAAAACAUAGGAUGGCGUUGGGUAUUUCGACUUAUGGCUAUAUGUAUCGGGGCCCUUACCCCUUUGGCUGCGUAUUCCCUGCGGGAGACAUAUGCUCCCGUGAUCCUCUUGCAGAAAGAGAAUCGGCGCCGAAUGUCACUGGGGCUUCCUCUAGUCUCUGCCGGAAGAGAUGUUUCGGCAAAGCUAAAGCGAAGCAUUCUACGACCCUUCAAACUUCUCUUUCUAUCGCCUGUCGUCCUCUUCCUCGCUCUAUACGCAGCGUUUUGCUUUGGUCUCAUGUUUCUACUUCUAACCACCUUCUCAAAUGUCUUCAGUGGUCAGUAUGGUUUCGACAUGGGCAUUACCGGCCUUUGCUACCUUGGUAUGGGAGUCGGCACACUUGGAGGCCUUAUCGCCCAAGGCAAGUUCAGUGACAAGAUUAUGCGUAAACGUGCAGAACAGAGAGGUGGAGAGCCCAAGCCCGAGGAUCGAAUCCCGUUGAUGGCUUACUUGUCUUGGACUAUACCUGUAGGAAUGUUCUGGUAUGGCUGGAGUACCAAUGAAAAAGCACAUUGGAUUGUGCCUAUUAUUGGCUCGGCUUUUGUUGGUAUUGGCUUUAUCUUCGUCGUGAUGCCCUCGAUGAUCUAUCUCGUCGACUGCUUUGGCCCAGAAGCUGCAGCAUCUGCCCUCGCCGCUCACACAGUGCUGCGGUCUGUCACUGCGGCAUUUUUACCUCUCGCAGGACCUCGAAUGUAUGAAUCUCUUGGCUUGGGCUGGGGAAACAGCCUCUUAGCUUUUCUUGCAAUUGCAAUGAUUCCAAUUCCGUGGUAUUUUAUGAAGAAUGGUGAGAGACUGAGGCUUAAGUCUAAGCUAGUUUUAUAGACUAUCGAAGACUCAUGUUGGAAGUUGUGAAGGGCCUGGCUGGGGACAGCUGAAAGCAGGUAGAUCUCAGUCUUAUGGAAGCUACCAAACGAGGCCUUGCAUGCCGGGAGGUUAAAGAAGCAACGGGGGAGAGAACAAUCAAGCGGCAGGUUGGUGCGGUCCAGGCCGGGCGAGCCGUUGAUGGAGCAGUCAAUGAGGUUGUUGUAGUAAAUCUGUGAAGCGUUGUUAGUAAAUCAAGCUCUCCU